AUGACACCCAUCAGCUACAACCAGCGUCAGCAGCUCAACAUGAAGCAACCCGGCCCUCAAAUGCCUGCCACCGCAUCGCCAAAAGAGCCCAAAAUGCAUCGGGCCGCGCAAAUACACACAAGCGCUGAUACGGCCAAGACUGCUGGCGAAGGCGACUUGACCUCCAUGACACAAACCAACCAGAACGACUCACCCACAUCUUGGAAUUCAGCCAAUGCCUCUCGACGCCCCCAUGCUCAACCGAAUGUCCAAGCAACAGAGCAGACCGAGUCUCACAACAUUGCCGUCCAAGACGAUCAGCUAGACCAGAGUAUAUCCGAGUCACCCGAUGCUGCUCCUUUGACGAAUCCAUUAUCCACAGGGCCGUCAACCUUUAUGUUGUCCGACACAGGAAAAACCUUCUACUUGGGGCAUUCGUCAAACUGGUCCUUCACCCGACGUAUUUUGAGUAUCACUUACGAGCAUGUGCACCAGGUCUCUUUGCCAUCUACGGCACUCAUGUUCGACAGCAAAGUCUACAUAUUAGACUGGUCCAGCGCCUCGGCUCAACCGGUGCUGCCCAAUCUUGACUAUGCCAUCCAUCUGAUUAACAAUGUCAAGUUUCACUGCUCGCCAAUGUACCAUUUAUUCGACGAGGAAGUCUUCUUAAACGCCCUGCAUGCGCACUACAGCGGGGAGCAAACGCAGGGAGACCUGGUCCAACAGUUAUGGUUCAUCCAGUUCAUGCUGAUACUUGCGUUUGGAAAGGCACUCACCACCAAGCCAAACAAAAACAACCAGCCUCCCGGAGCGAUCUUCUUCACGCACGCCAUACACCUCCUGCCGAACAUGACGGUUCUAUGGGAUGAGCCGGUGCAGGCUGCCGAGAUUCUGUGCUGCAUCGCAUUGUACCUCCAUUGCAUCGAGCACCGCGGCUCGGCGUACAACUAUAUUGGUCAAGCCGUACGGCUGGCAAUGAGCCAUGGUCUUCACACGAAUCUAAGCUCGCACCACGUUGAGAACGCACUUGUUCCAAGAUGCCGCAAGAUCUGGUGGACUAUCCUUGUUCUCGACCGACAAAUGACGUAUCUGAUGGGUUUGUCGCAGUCGAUCCGGGACGAUGAUGUGACUGCGCCGUUGCCAGAGUUUGAAGGCGACCGCUUUCGCACUGCGGCGUUUGCUAUGCGGACCAAGUUGUCGCAUUUUAUUGCGACAAUAGACAGAGAAACAUUUCUUUCCUACGAUCUUGAGGCGCUUUUUAUUUCCAUGACGAAUCUCCUGGCGGCACCAGUUCUGUACCUGGACUCGGGCUCAACCUGGACAUCGUGGCGCCAGCGAGCGUACGCAAUACUAGGCGAGAUAUCAAAAUGCGGCAAUUUGAUUGCUCAGUAUCAGCAGUAUGAGCUUCAGCAUCUCGAAAAGAUGAUUGACGGGCUCUGCAUGACGGAAACAACGGAGCCCGCUCCGCCAUCUCGCCAUCAUGCUACUGACGUAUCGGCCGUGGCGAAUGAUACUCCCCUGGCGCACGGCGCGGGCUUUUCUGUUGCCGAAGAUGCUUUGCCUAGCCCUGUGACUGAUGAUGUGCUGGAUGGGAAUUAUACCGGAGCUGGGUUUUCCACAGCCCAGAUCAUGGACAUGGUGAAUUCUAUUGAUACCGAGCAUGGCGAGUGGAUGUCGCAGGCCUUCAUGGAGGCAUAG